AUGACCACCGAAGUUAGUACUCGUAUUCGAUAUCGACUUUUAUUUAUACAUUUCAUCAGGAAUUGGAACCUCUACGAUGAUGACGAUGAAUUGAAUUUGAGUGAUCAACUAUUAUCUACACGCGUUUUCAUGGUCACUCUUUCGUUAGCACUUUUCUUGAUUCUCUCAUUCACUGCUGUCAUCCCUCAAACUCGUGCAAUUACUGUUGAUUCACCUUCGGUUAGUGAUUUUGAGAACAUCGCGAAUAGGUACCCCGAUGCAUUUACUUGUCGCUGCUCUCAAAUAUCUUUUCCUUAUAAAGAAUUCUUUUCAUUCAAUCCACAAUUUCAUCAAGUUUGUUCAAGUAAUUUAAUAAGUGAAGAAUGGGUCUCUUCUUUGUUCAAUGUGACAACAAGCAAUUACUAUCCUCUGGACUUUCGUCUGACGGCCUCUGCACAAUUUCAAGUUUUAUCUGCUCUCUGUCGAAUAGUACGUAACAUCGUAUAUGAUGCUCUGAAUGAAUUUUCUACGACCAUAUUUGUUUCACCACGUGCUCUAUCACGUACCGUCUUUGAUACAUAUACAGACACACUUGUCGACCAAUUCAACAAAACUACUCUUGAGAAUUUUCGUAUAGUCAACGGUUUUAUUUCAUCCAUUAUCGACGAAAGUCAUUUCAUAUCUGCGUUGCGUACAAAUUUCUAUACUAGAAGUGUUCCUGGUAGUGACAACUAUACAACUUUUUCUGCUGUCUAUCCACAAAAGGUAAAUCUGACACAAUCGUCAUUUACGUCAAGUGAAACAUGUCGAUGUGAUCAAACAAGUAAUUGUAUCUACCCUGCUGGCAUCUAUAAUCAAUCAAAAGCCAUUAUUCCGAAUGAAGCAUUUUCAAAUGAUGCAUCACUUCUAUUUGUUGUACCAGGAUUUCAAGUUGGAUGUGUACCUCAAAAUGCAUUACUUCAAUCGACAUUAGAAUGUUUUUAUAAUCAAUCAUGCUUGGAUAUAGUUAUUACAUUAACUGGAGCUCUUCGUACUGUCUCUGCGCUAAAUAUUUCGAAUUCUAUUUCUCGAUUUGAUUCAACAACAACUAUCGGUGAUAUUUUUGAUAAUCUAAUGCUCGAAUCUUGGCAGAUUUUUCCUGAUUUCGCUGCCUACUUUAAGAUUUGCGCACCCACUGUCUGUUCCUAUUCAUAUAUACAACGUUUCUUUUUCAUUUACAUGAUCACAGUCGCAGCCAGUCUCCUUGGUGGACUGAAUGUGGCAUUGCAUAUUGGGUGUUCAUUGUUUGUCAAAUUCAUUUCACGAAUAUUUAAGCAACCGACUCGAACGCUUACAGCUGAUGAAGAACCUGAAUCAAGCAGAAGUUACCGAGAUCGUGCAUGGAAUAUGGGUAGGAUAGUCUAUGAAAAAGUUACUACAUUUAAUUUGUUCAAGACGGUUUUAACGAAUGUUGAGCAAGGUAUCUAUUCUACUCGAGCCUAUAUCGUAUUUUUGAUGAUCGGUGUUUAUAUAUUGACCAUCUACUCUACUAAAGUAAUUGGCUCAAAACAAGUUAUCGUUCAAAAUCCAAGUAUCAACCAAUUUGAAGAGCUUAAUAAAAUGUAUUCAUCGAUUCUAUCAUGUCCAUGUAGUCGUUUGUCAAUACCACGAUCAAAGUUCAUGCAUUAUGAAGUAAAAUUUCAUCCAUUUUGUACAAGUAGUUUUAUUCGUGAUGAACGUUGGCUUCAAUAUUGGACGAUGGAAUUUCUCAAUGGUACUAUCGAUCACACUCCAUCUUUCCAUUGGGCCGAUUUUCGGAAGGAUGGAUUGACUUUCUUAAAUUAUAUUAGAAUACUCUGUGAUUUCAGUACUGCAACUGUAUCUGAUGUAUUAAAUGCAUUCGAAGCGGAGGAUUAUUUCUCUUCUCAACCCAUAACAAAACUUGAAUUCAAUCAACUAACUCAUAAUUGGACCGAUUCUUUCAUAGUGCAGGUAAAAAAAGAUAUAAAAGAUUGA